AUGAAGCCAAUACAACAAAAGAAACCACAAACAAGGAAGAGUGCUGGAGCAGUCCAACAACAAAAAUAUUCGAGGUGGUUGUUGCGUCCGUGCCUGACGAGGAACAUUAGGUUGCUCGUCGAAUCUCGGCGUCUAGUAGUAGCGGAUUCGAACGGCUUGGAAUCGCCAUUGGCAGGUGGAUUGGAGAGGCGCUGGAAAACGCUAAUCCGCUUUCUCUUUCUCGCGGAUUUGGUGGUGUUUGAGAGGGAAAGGCGAUGGAAAACGCUAAUCCGCCUUGUCUUUCUCGAGGAUUUGGUGGCGUCUGAGAGGGAUCUCAUGGCUCUGUCUAUGAAUUGUGGUAUUUAA